GACUACCUUCGUCGAUCGAAUGAAGGUCAAUAGCCCUGCAUCGCUCGUCUCCAGCUGCAGGUUCUCCCCUCCAUAAAUAGAACUCAUUUGCCAUCGGAGGCUCUCUACGAGUCAGUGCUCAUGGAUCUUGAAUUCGGAAAACAGAGUUUCUUAUCAGAUGUGGAUCUGGGAAAGGCCGGCCCCUCAAAUCUAAACUUCCAUUCCCCUCCUCCUUUGUGGGAUGAGUGCUUAACUUUUGAUUCAGUGUCGAAUUCAACCAUAACUACUAGUGACGUCAAGGCUUUCAAGAAAAGGCUAAAUGACAGAAAAUACAGAGAAAAAUUGAAGUUAGACAAAAUGAGAAUGAAAACCGACAUGGAAUCACUUGAUGAGGAGAAUGAGAAUUUGAAGAAAGAGAAUGAAAGGUUGAAACGUGUGCAUGAUUCGAUGAAUGGAACUUUGCAAAUGCAAGCAGAAUUGAUAGAUCGGUUGAAGGGUGAUCUUGACAAAUUGAAUGACGAGUAUAAGAAGCAAAAUGUCCUUGUGCAAAGACUGUCAGAACUAUUAGCAUGCCCCGACCUCCAGCUGGAAAACGAAAGGCUGAAAUUAGAAAAUAGUCAAUUGAGACGUUAUGCAAGUCUAGAUUAUAACAUGGUGCUUGCAGAGGAGAAUGUAAAAUUAAAACUUGAAAAUAAGGUACUCAGAGUGCAGAAUGAUGCUUUGUGUGGGAAAUUAAUCAGUGAUAGUGACAAGAAGCAUGCAUCAGAAUAGGCAGGAUGAGCUACCAUUAGUAUAUGUGUGUCAUGUUAAUUUUAUUUCUUACUUCUUUUUUUUUUGUACGUUGGAUGAUGGGUUAUAUGACGGGUUAUAUGACGAGAUAGUCCUUCUUCACUUGUCCCAAGAUUUGAACUUAAGAUCUUCAACAUGAAGAUUCAAGAUUUUAAUCACUGGGACAUUCCUUUGGGGACUUUAUUUCAUACUUGUACGCUCAUUUGCUAUGGGCUUUGGAGCACCACUGAAUGUUAUAUGAUUUUUUCUUUGAUUACUCAUCUUUUGAUCUCAGUUUCUUGUCAAAGCUCCUUGCCAAGUAAAGUCUAAUACAUGUU